UCCAUUGUCUUCGCGGAUCAGUGCUUGUCGACUCUACAGAUUCCGCGGGUUUUCAUUUUGAAAGUCUCCUUUUUGACUCUUCUCCUUUCCUUUUACACCACAACGGUUAAAAAAAAUUUGGUGUAAAUUCGAAUUCUAUAAAUCCCCUGAAAAAAGUGGCAGAGAUUGAGGUGCGUUUCGUCGAUUGUGAUGCAGAGACGCGGUAGAUCGCCGGAAUUUCAUCGACCGGGAUUUAAAGGAUCGGAAACCCAUCGGAGACGGCGGCGUUGAGAAGGGUUUGUUUCUCUCGCUCGUUCUUUCUCCGAUUCGCUCUCAGCUUUUUUGGGUGAUCUGAUUCUUGACUGGAUGUGAAAUGCAAAGAUCACGGAGAGCUCUUCUGGUUAGAAGAAGAGUUUCUGAGAAUACUUCUAAUGGAAGGAAUCGUCUCUACAAAGUUUCGUUGUCUCUGGUUUUUCUCAUAUGGGGGCUUCUCCUUCUUUCUACAUUGUGGAUUAGUCAUGGAGAUGGUGACAAAGGCAGGUCUUUAAUCGAUACAGAUGAUGUUAGUGCAGAUGAGACAGCUAAACCUGUUGAUGCUCCAUCACUAGAGUCUGCCUCUGUUCAGUCUACUCCUGAUUUAAGCCCGGAUGUUGAUAUAGCCACAGCUAAAGAAAUCAAAAACUCAGAAAUCAUAUCAAAGCAAAAAGAAGCCGAUAGUACAUUUGCUGGAAAUUUUACAGAAAGCAAAGAGAAUGAGUUUUUGAAGCAAAGAGAGAUGAUCAAGAAUAACACAGAUCCAGUGAAUGAUACAGAGACUAGUGCUUCAAAGCUUGAUCAGCUGCCUCGUGCUGUUCCGCUUGGCCUUGAUGAGUUCAGGAGCAGAGUGUCCAACUCUAAAGACAAAUCUUUGGCAGGCCAAGUCAGUGGCGUGAUUCACAGGAUGGAGCCUGGUGGGAAAGAGUACAAUUAUGCAGCUGCUUCAAAAGGCGCAAAGGUUUUAUCUUCUAACAAGGAAGCAAAAGGAGCUACAAGCAUCAUAAGCCGGGACAAAGACAAGUACCUUCGAAAUCCUUGUUCCACCGAAGGGAAGUUCGUUGUCAUAGAACUUUCAGAAGAAACGUUGGUGAACACAAUCAAGAUUGCAAAUUUCGAGCAUUACUCUUCCAAUCUUAAGGAUUUUGAGAUUCUAGGCACCUUGGUUUAUCCAACUGACACCUGGGUUCAUCUAGGGAACUUCACGGCUUUAAACAUGAAGCACGAGCAGAAUUUUACCCUCGUGGAUCCCAAAUGGGUGAGAUAUCUUAAGCUAAAUUUCCUAAGCCAUUACGGUUCAGAAUUCUACUGCACCUUGAGUCUGUUAGAAGUCUACGGAGUGGAUGCUGUAGAACGAAUGCUGGAGGAUUUAAUAUCUAUCCAAGACAAAAACAUAUUGAGACCAACCCAAGAGGGAGACACUGAGCAGAAAGAGAAGAAGCCUGUCCAAGCGACAGAGUCCUCUGAAAGCGAUGAAGACAGGGGUAAACAGAAGGAGAAGGAACAAGAAACCUUACCAGAGAUUGCGGUUUUGAAAGCUGAAACACCAACUGAGAGAAAAAAGCUGCCAGAUCCGGUGGAAGAGAUAAAACAUCAACCAGGAAGCAGAAUGCCAGGGGACACGGUGUUGAAGAUACUGAUGCAGAAGAUAAGGUCUUUAGACUUGAGCUUAUCAGUGUUGGAGAGUUACUUGGAGGAACUGAGCUCGAGAUACGGGAAGAUAUUCAAGGAGAUGGAUCUGGAAGCGAGCAAGAGAGAGAAGGAGGUGGGGAAAAUGAGACUGGAGGUAGAGGAAAUGAAGGAGAGGGAAGAGAAGAUGAAGAAUGAGACCAUGGAGAUGAGAGUGUGGCGGAGGAGAGUGGAGAAAGAGCUUGAGAAGGCUGAGAAUGAGAAGGAGAAAGUGAUGGAGAGGUUGGAGCAAGUUUUGGAAAGAAUGGAGUGGAUGGAGAAGAAAGGUGUGGCCGUGUUCACCAUCUGUGUCGGUUUUGGGGCUAUCGCGGUUGUAGCCGUUGUCCUCGGGAAGGGGACAGGUCGAGCAGAGAAGCCAGGCGGCUUUGCUUGGCUUCUGCUACUGAUAAGCUCAACAUUCGUUAUGUUCGUUUUGUCUCUUUGAUGAGAAGAGUUCUCAGUUUUGGUCUUCUUUUUUUUGUUACUGUAGAGGUAGUAGAGUCUUUAUACAGAAUAAACCGAUAAAUAAUGAGUUUUGCUCUGGCCAUGAGGUCUUAGUAGAAGAGUUUCUGUUGUAGACCAACAUUCCGGUUCAAUAGAAGAUCAGUUUUGUUGUGCCCGAAUUCCCGGUUCAAUCGAUAGCGUCUACAGAUUUUGUGGUUCGGUUA